AUGAAUGUGCCAGCUGACGAGCCAGGCAACCCGGCCCAUGCCACCUUUGAGAGGUUCCUGCAUGCUGGGGAGUGCCAGGAGGUGCUGGGCUGCUUUACGAAGCUAUGCCAGCAGCUGGGGCUGCAGGGCAGUGGGCUGCAGCUCUACCACGGCCUCAAGGCUGCCCUCAACUACUGGAAUGCCAAGGCCCUGUGGAGCAAGCUGGAUAAGAAAGCUGAUCACAAGGACUAUGACCAGGGCACAGCCUGUGCCAACACCAAGUGCCUGGUGGUGGGGGCUGGUCCCUGCGGGCUGCGGGUGGCCAUCGAGCUGGCACUGUUGGGUGCCCGCGUGGUGCUGCUGGAGAAGCGCAGCUCCUUCUCCCGCAACAAUGUCCUGCACCUCUGGCCCUUCACCAUCCACGACCUGCGGGCACUGGGCGCCAAGAAGUUCUAUGGACGCUUCUGCACUGGCACACUGGACCACAUCAGUAUCCGGCAGCUCCAGCUGAUCCUAUUGAAAGUGGCUCUGCUGCUGGGCGUGGAGGUGCACAUCAAUGUGAGGUUCAGUGGCCUCGUGCCCCCCUCAGGCACGGUGGGCGGCUGGAGGGCUGUGCUGCAGCCCAGCUCCUCUUCCCUCAGCCACUAUGAGUUCGAUGUCCUCAUCUCAGCUGGCGGUGGCAAAUUUGUCCCUGAAGGGUUCAAGAGGAAGGAGACGAGGGGCAAGCUGGCCAUUGGCAUCACCACCAACUUCAUCAACCACCACAGCCGGGCUGAGGUGGAGGUGGCUGAGAUCAGUGGCGUGGCCAGAAUCUACAACCAGAGCUUCUUCCAAAACCUCUACAACAGAACAGGCAUUGACCUGGAAAACAUCGUCUACUACAAGGAUGACACUCACUACUUCGUCAUGACGGCCAAGAAGCAGAGCCUCCUUAAGAAGGGCGUCAUCCUCCAGGAUAAAGUGGACAUUGAGAGCCUUCUUGCCCCUGAGAACGUCAACCAUGAUGCCCUCCUCAGCUAUGCCAAAGAAGCUGCCAACUUCGCCACCAACUACUGCCUGCCCAUGCUGGAGUUUGCCCUCAACCACCGGGCGCUGCCAGACGUCGACAUGUUUGACUUCACCUGCAUGAUGCGCUCGGAGAAUGCGGCACUGGUGCGGGAGCACAACGGAGCCCGUCUGCUCCUUGGGCUGGUGGGCGACUGCUUGGUGGAGCCCUUCUGGCCACUGGGCACUGGUGUGGCCAGGGGCUUCCUUGCUGCCUUCGAUGCGGCGUGGAUGGUGCGGCGCUGGGCAGCUGGGACACCCCCCCUGGAGGUGCUGGCUGAGAGGGAGAGCAUCUAUCAGCACCUCUCGCAGACCUCCCCAGACAACACCAACAAGAACAUCAGCCAGUACAGCAUUGACCCGGCCACACGCUACCCCAACAUCAACCUGCAGGCCAUCAAAGCCAGCCAGGUCCGGGACCUCUACCUUGUGGGCAUGGUGGAGGUGGACCACAAGAGGAAAAGUGACAACCAGCUCACCACUGUGGUCUCUGGAGAUGCCUAUGAAGAGCUGCUGAGCUGGUGCCAGGCCAGCACAGCCGGGUACCGUGGUGUGGCUGUCACCAACUUCACCACCUCCUGGACCAGUGGCUUGGCCCUCUGUGCCCUCAUCCAUCACUUCCACCCCAACCUGGUGGACUUUGACUCUAUAGACCCCCGGGAUCCCAUCCAGAUCCACCAGAUGAUGCUGGACAAGGCAGAGCAGGAGCUGGGCAUCCAGCCUGUCCUCUCCAGCACAGAGAUGGCUGCCAUGGCAGAGCCCAACCGCCUGGGGCUCAUCACCUACCUCAGCCAGUUUUAUGAAGCUUUCAAGACCUCUUCAGGUGAGGAGGUCAGUCAGAAGCCACUGACUCCCCGUGGCACACGAGGGGCCAUCCUCUUCCUCAGCAAGCUCCAGAAGAGCCGGAACCUGACACACAAACGUACACAGGACAAUGCCCAGAAGGAUGGUGAGACCAAGAGGAUCUGCAGGGACACCAAGGUGGAUGUGGGGCUGGAUGGAGACACUCCAGAUGCUGCCCACAAGCUGCUGCAACCCACCAUGAUGCACCCAGGGCAGCCGCCAGCCCACAGGCACAGCAGUGACGCCUGCUGCUUCUGCGGCCUCCACGUCUACAUCCUGGAGCGAGCCAGUGCCGAGGGACACUUCUUCCACCGCGGCUGCUUCCAGUGCCAGUGCUGCAGAGCCACCCUGCGUGUGGGCGACUACAGCUUCGACGAGCAGCACGGUCAUUUUUACUGCUCGCUUCACUACCCCACUCCACCCAGCAUGGACCUGCCCCACGAUGAGCCCCUGGUGCUGCCCAGUGGGGAUGCCACUGCCACUGACCUGCCCUUGGAUGCUGGGAGCCCAUGUGUGUCCCCCAAGGAGGGGAUACCCAGUCCCGUGCAGCCCAUGACAGCAGACCCACAGCUGGGGAGAGAGCCUGGAACAGCAGAAGAUGCAGAGGAUGCUGGUGACAUGAAGGAGCAAGAACUGCUGGCACAGCCCAGGGGAGACACAAGGGAGAAGGAGGAUCUCAGAUUGGAGCCCCAAGGGGUGGUGGAGGAGCCUGAGGAGAGUGGAGGCAGGAGGAAGAUAGUCCUCACACCACUGGAGAAAUUCAAGCUGUCCACACUGAACCUCACCAGUGAAGCAGAGCCUGAGCCACCACUGAAGCCAGCUCGUCUGCGGCUCCAAGCACUGCCUGAGGCUGUCCCUGUCCUGUGCAGGGGACAAGAUGCCUGGGGGGAGGAGGAGGACAUAGCCGUGGAAGGAGCUUUGGAGGAGAGUGACAGUGAGGAAGAGGAGGAGGACACAGUCCUUGGCACCGAGGUGCCUGGCACAGGGAUUGACCUUGUGUCUGUGCCUCAGUUUCUGAACCUUGGGCCAGAGGGGAAGCCAACCAUGCCGGAGUGCACCCUCACCUGCCGGGCCCGGGAUGCCCAGACCAAGCGCUUCCGCCAAGCCCAGGCCAUCCAAAGGCGGCUGGAAGAGAUCGAGGUGACAUUUCGGGAGCUGGAGCAACAGGGCAUCAAGCUAGAGAAGUUACUCCGGGAUGAGGGAGGCACCCCGGAAAAGCAGAAGACACAGUGGAUGAACCAACUGCUGUACCUGGUCCAGAAGAAGAACAACCUGCUGUCUGAGGAGUCGGACCUUAUGAUUGUGGUGCAGGAGCUGAAGUUGGAGGAGGAGCAGUGGCAGCUUGACCAGAAGCUCCGGUAUUAUGAGAGCAAGGAGGAAUCCCUGAAGACAUCCGAGGAUCGCAUGGCUGCUCAGGAGACCCUGGCACAGCUGCUGGAGGUGGUGAGGAAGCGUGACGCCCUCAUCCUCAGGCAGGAAGAGAAGCGGCUCAGCGAGCUGCAGGCCUGA